CACGUGUUCCAUUAUGAAAAAAUGGCCGACGGGGUAAGUGAAACAAACACAGCUGCUGAGGAAAGCGACGCCAAAGAAGAGGACCCCAAAGUUUUGGAAGUUCUUCCAGACAGCCACCCUGUUGGCGUUAGCAGCGAUGAAGAGAUUUCAAAAGACAAACCGGCGACCGAGAGCAACUGGUCAACACCGAUCCUGUCGCUGGCACGGAAGGCAACCGAGACGAUCAGCAGUGGGGUCAGCUACGGUGCAGCUUUGAGAAACGCCACAUCUUCGGGAUCUGCGGCGAGCUCUCCGAAGUGUCCGACUAAACAAAACUCUACCGAGAAUGACACCAACGCUAACCAAUACCUACCAGCAGUGAAGGACCAUAUGGCUGUAGAGCGCUCCAACCUGUUCAGUAUGAUGAAGCUGAGUAUUAAGGGCCUGAUCCAGUCUUCUCUGAGUCUGGGCAGAACCCUGGACUCUGACUACCCUCCUCUGCAGCAGUUCUUUGUGGUUCUGGAGCAGUGCCUCAAACACGGACUGAAAGUGAAGAAGUCAUUCAUCAAUCAGAAUAAGUCUAUCUGGGGUCCUCUGGAGCUGGUUCAGAAGCUGUGUCCUGAUUCUACUGAUAUUACCACCAGUGCCAGAGACCUGCCAGGGCUAAAGACUGGGUUGGGUCGGGCUCGGGCCUGGUUGCAUCUGGCCCUGAUGCAGAAGAAGUUGUCUGACUACCUGAAAGCCCUGCUGGACCAUAAGGACCUCCUGGUUGAGUUCUAUGACCCAGGAGCGUUGAUGAUGGAGGAGGAGGGGACAGUGAUAGGAGGGAUGCUGGUGGGGCUAAACGUCAUUGAUGCUAACCUCUGUAUCAAAGGAGAGGACCUGGACUCCCAGGUGGGGGUCAUAGACUUCUCCUUGUACCUGAAGGACCCUAUGACCACUGAGACCACUAAGGAUGAUACUAAGAUGACGGCCAUAUUGGACCAGAAGCACUACAUCGAGGAGCUGAACAGACACCUGAGCUGCUCUGUCUCUGACCUACAGGCCAAGAUGGACUCCAUAGAGAAGACCAACAGCAAGCUCAUUGAGGAGUUGACGGCAGCGACAGACAGAAUUAACUCUUUACGGGAGGAACAGGAAACCCUGAGACAUGAGAAUGAGACCAUCGUCCAGAGCAGCCAGAAGAAAGAGGAGGCGACCCUGGAGGACAGUGCAGUAGAGCUGGAGACAUACAGACAGACACGGCAGGGCCUGGAUGAGAUGUACAGCGUGGUCUGGAAACAGUACCAGGAGGAGAAACGCAUCAGACAGGAGUUGGAGAGGGAGCUGGAGCUGCAGGUAGGACUAAAGCAGGAGAUGGAGAUGGCCAUGAGGCUGCUGGAGAAAGACACACAUGAGAAACAGGACACACUGCAAGCUCUCCGACAACAACUAGACCAGGUCAAAACCCUCAACCUGCAGAUGUUCCAUAAGACACAGGACUGUGAGCGUGAGGCCCAGAGGAAGCAGGAGGAGGAGGGACAACUGGAGGAGAAGAUAAACCAGAUGAAGACCACCAUUAAGGAGAUGGAGCAGAGACUGCAGAACUCUGAACGUGAUCGCAGACAAAGUGACCAGAUGGACAAGGACAUGAGAACAGAGCUGGAGGGCAGGGUAGACUCCCUACAGAAACAACUGUCUGACCUGGACACACUGAGGCUGGGUCUGGAGAGUGAUCUGUGCAGUGAGAAGGAGCAGAGACAGGCCAUUCAGAGAGCUCUACAGAGAGAACAGGACAACAGCACUGAGCUACGCACCCAACUACAGCAGAUACAGGGGCUACACACGGAGCUGCAGGAUGUUCGUCAGGAGAAGCAGCAGCUCCAGCAGACCUGUCAGGAGCAGGAGACGGCCUUACAGGAGAUGGGCCUACACCUCAGCCAGUCUAAACUGAAGAUGGAGGACUUCAAAGAGGUCAACAAAGCCCUGAAGGGCCAAGCCUGGCUGAAAGACGAUGAGGCUACACAGUGUAAACAGUGUCAGAAGGAGUUCUCCAUCGCUCGCAGAAAGCACCACUGUAGGAACUGUGGAGAUAUCUACUGUAACAGUUGUUCUACUAAUGAGUUGGCCCUGCCCUCCUACCCCAGACCUGUACGAGUCUGUGACAUCUGUCACUCACUACUGCUGCAGAGGAGCAUCUCUUCCUCCUGACGGAACACACACACCUUCUUCCUCCUGACAGAACACACACCUUCUUCCUCCUGACAGAACACACACCUUCUUCCUCCUGACAGAACACACACCUUCUUCCUCCUGACAGAACACACACCUUCUUCCUCCUGACAGAACACACACCUUCUUCCUCCUGACAGAACACACACACACCUUCUUCCACCUGACAGAACACACACACACCUUCUUCCACCUGACAGAACACACACACACACCUUCCUCCACCUGACAGAACACACACACACACCUUCCUCCACCUGACAGAACACACACACACACCUUCCUCCACCUGACAGAACACACACACACACCUUCCUCCACCUGACAGAACACACACACACACCUUCCUCCACCUGACAGAACACACACACACACCUUCCUCCACCUGACAGAACACACACACACACCUUCCUCCACCUGACAGAACACACACACACACCUUCCUCCACCUGACAGAACACACACACACACCUUCCUCCACCUGACAGAACACACACACACACACCUUCUUCCUCCUGACAGAACACACACACACACUCUCUCCUCACGCAAGCCAGUAGACACACUCACACGCUUCACCAAUAAUCUUUCUUCCCUCACUGUGCUCAAAGCCACUGAGAAAACAUUUUAAUCAAAUUUGAGCAGGGAGAGGCAAUCUAUGUUUAAGUUCUGUUUCACCACUAACCUGAGAUUCAGGAUGUUUGGGCACGGUUGACUGUUGAACCCUCUGCUUAAUACUGCCUUUUCUCAUCUUUUAAACUCCCCUGGGUGGAUUUCAAAGUAUACAAUUAGUUAGCCAGCUAAUUGUCAUUAUCUCCAUAUUCCUCUAGGAUGCUGAAUUUGAAAUGAUAGUUGAAGGGCAGUAGAGUAUUGGAACAUGUCAGUAUUUGUUGUAUUAUGAAUGACCCAGUAUGCAACAAUGUCACAAUUGUGGGAAAAUGUUAGUAGAUGAACUGACCUUCAAUAAUAUCAUUGUGUUGAUUCACUUAUAGACCUGAUUUAAAUGUCUGUGGCGAUUUAUAUAUAGUUUCACAUGAUUCUUUCACUUCCAUUGAAGCAAAGGAACCAAGUUAAUUUCUGUUCAUUUCCUCAACCUGCCUCGCUGAACAAUUGUGGAUUUGUUACAGGCCUUUUUUUUUUUUUAAUUGUAAAUGACUACAGAAUGUUAACAUAUCAAGAAAGGUCUAUUUUAGAAUGUCUAUAAAUAACGAUCAUUUUGUGGAUUUAUUGUCUAGUGCUACUAAACAGCCAAUUUAUUGGGGUAACAUGUUUUCUAUAUAGAUAUCUAAUUUAAUAAAACGUAUCUGAAUG